GCGCUGCGGCAAAAUGUCAUAUUUCACUCGCAGCUCUCUCAGAGGACGACCUCCCCUCUACUGUACUCCUCCUGCACAUCUGCUGCUCCUCCACUGUACUCACUGCAGGAAUCACCUCCUCUCUUCUUCUUCUUCUCUCUUCUUUCUCAGUCACCGGAGCUUUUUAUUUAUUUAUUAAUUUUGUUCUUUUUGGCACAGGCGCGCAAAGAAAAAGUCCCUGAUGAAGUCUGCAGCUGGUGAAGAUGAGUGAGUGGAAACUAAAACAGAACAAUACUGAGGUUUUGGGUGUUUUGACUCCGUGCAGCUAAAAAACAAAAAAGCUGCAGUUUUAACUAAAAAAAAAGAUUGACAGACGCGUCAGCAGAGCCGGACAGAGGAUCUCUUCUUUGCACCCCAAGAUUUCUCUUUCACUCUUUUUUCUGCUAAAAUCUUAAGAGUGCAGAUUAUUUUUGGUGCAAAAGUGGCUUUCUGCAGCUUUUCUCUCCUCCGGUUUCUCCGUCCGGCAGCAGUGCGGCUGUGCGUAAAAUCCCUCACCCUCACGGCGCAGACCGGACCUCUCCAGCCCGGGCAGUGGCAGCAGGGACCGCCGGCAUCACCAGCAGCUGUCUGUCUCCUGUAUGACUUUCUCUAAAGCCGCCAGUAAGCCACCAUGGAUGUGCUGAAGAGCCGCUUUUUGGGGAUCUCCGUGGCCGUUGCGCACGGCGUCUUCUCCGGCUCUCUGAACAUCCUCCUCAAGUUCCUCAUCACCAAUUAUCACUUCAGCUUCCUGACGCUCAUCCAGCUGCUGACCAGCAGCACCGCGGCGCUCACUCUGGAGGUGCUCCGGCGGCUGGGGAAGGUCAAGGUCCCGCCGUUCAGCUUUCAGCUCACCAAGGAGUUUGGCCCGGUGUGUAUCCUCUCUACGUUGCAGUCCACGCUCACGCUGUGGUCUCUGCGUGGCCUCAGCCUGCCCAUGUACGUCGUCUUCAAACGCUGCCUGCCGCUCUUCACGCUCAGCAUUGGCGUGUUCGUGCUGAGGAACGGCAUCCCGUCCAUCGGAGUGGUGACCGCCGUCAUCAUCACCACCGGUGGAGCUGCGCUUGCUGGUGCUGGUGAUCUCACCGGCGAUCCCUUCGGUUACGUCACCGGCGUGUUGGCGGUCAUCAUCCACGCCUCCUACCUGGUCCUGAUCCAGAAGACCAGCCUGGACAGCGAGUACGGGCCGCUCACAGCACAGUACGCCAUCGCCAUCAUGGCCUCGCCGGUGCUGCUCGUGUGCUCCGUCAUCUCCCUGGACACCAUCAACAUGUGGUCGUACGAGGGCUGGAAGGACCCCCACAUCACCGUCAUCUUCGUCUUCUGCAUCUUCAUCGGCUGCGCCAUGAACUUCACCACGCUGCACUGCACCUACAUCAACUCCGCCGUCACCACCAGCUUCGUCGGCGUCGUCAAGAGCAUCGCCACCAUUACCGUGGGCAUGCUGGCGUUCAGCGACGUUGCGCCGACCGGGCUGUUCAUCGGCGGCGUGGUGGUGAACACCGUCGGCUCCAUCACCUACUGCGUGGUCAAAUACUACGAGACGAAGAAGAAGAGCUUGUACGAGGACCUGGAGGAGGGCGGGAAGGAUGGAGCGCCACCCGGCGAGCCUUACAGAGAGAAACCAGCUCUGAACGGAGAUGGUCUGUCCACCGGCGACGUUUCCGACCCAGGACAACCGGAGAUGGAGGGAGUGUUGGGCAGUGGCAGGAGAGAGGACGUAGCGUCGGCUGAUUUGGCUAACGGAGAGGCGUGGACAGGACAAGGAGACGGGGACGUGAAUUCGCGCGUCAUGACGGAAAAGGAGGCGCUGGAGAUGCAGCGGGAGCACUUCCACCGAGAGAACGCCGCCCCCGCUCAGUCGGUCAGUGACAGCUAUGUCGGGGUGUGGAGGUCCAUCAGACAUCUGCAGUUCAUGAAGAAAGACCCUUUGAUUGAAAACAUGGAGCAGCAGAGUCCUUAAGGCCGGGACAGAGACCGGCACGGAAAACUGGGAAUGAAUUAAAAGAUUAAAAAAGUCUGCUGCAGAAACCAGAGAAGAAGAAAAGAGACAGAGUGAAGCUCUGUGUCCGCCGGGAACGUCUUUUAUUAGCCGAACAAACGCUCGCUGG